AUGCGUCUCAACCGCUACCACCCGUUCAGGUGCGAAACAACGGGCGUGUUAGUCAUGGAAUACAGACACAAUUCUCUUCGCUUUUCUUUAAUCAUGUAUAUCCUGACGUUUGUGUUCGCGGGGAUGUACUUGGACAGGCCCAUCUUUGCCUUUCUCGAAAACGUCACGUACUUCAUCAUCCUCUUCUACUUAAGCUCGUGGCUUAUGCUGAACGCUUUGAUCAGAAGGAGGCUUGUGAUCGACCACAACUCCAGUACUUACUUGUUCUACAGGAACAAUCGGCUCAUCUACCAAGGCCCCCUGAAUCGCAUUUUUAUCCGCUUGCAUAAAGAGCAAGUGGGUCAAGACAACAUUUACAGGUUGAUCAUCGACGGCUACAAGAUCGAUUACAGACAUCUGUGUGCCCUGAGUCGAAAAUGUGAGGUUUUGGAUAUUUUAGGAAGAAAGAUGGCUGUCAGGCUGAAUAUCAAUUAUUUUUAUCUGAAUGACGUGUCUACCAAACAUCUCAUUCGGCAGUGGCCCAAAUCCUACGAGGAGGAUUAG